CAUGGAAACAGAGUUGUUGCUUCUCUCCCAUUCUCUCUCUCUCAUCUCAAUCGUCACUCACGUCUCUUUCUGAUUCUUCAAUUCAAUUACUUCAAUUUCUCAAUUUCAAUUCUCUGCUCUGUCAAGAACGCAAGAUCACCCUCUUCACCCACCUUAAUUUCCAAAUCCGGCGUCGUUUUUGGGAAUUAGGGUUUGGUCGAUGCACGAUUUAGGGUUUUUUUCAUUGCAAAAAUGGGAGAAUUGAAGGUGAAACCAUGGGAAGUGUCAUCGUCAUCGUCGUCGCGUUGGAUCAGCGAAACGGUGAAUGGGUCUCACGAAUUGACGAUAAAGGGCUAUUCUUUGGCCAAAGGAAUGGGUCCUGGCAGGUACAUCACCAGUGACACGUUCAGCGUUGGUGGCUACGAUUGGGCUAUCUACUUCUACCCUGAUGGGAAGAAUCCUGAAGACAAUUCUGUGUAUGUCUCAGUUUUCAUAGCACUGGCUAGCGAUGGUGUUGAUGUUAGGGCUCUGUUCAAAUUGACAUUGAUGGAUCAAACCAACAAGGGUAACCAUAAGGUUCAUAGCCACUUCGAUCGACCCUUGGAGAGUGGCCCUUAUAGUUUGAAGUACAGAGGUAGCAUGUGGGGUUACAAGCGGUUUUUUCGGAGGUCGCUGUUGGAAAGUUCUGAGUAUUUGAAGAAUGAUUGCCUUGUGAUGCACUGCACUGUUGGUGUGGUGAAGACUCGUUUCGAGGGAUCUAGACCUGGUGUUGUAGUGCCUACGUCGGCCAUGGGUUUGGAUUUUAAGGAAUUGUUCGAGUCUGAGGUGGGCUGUGACAUAGUUUUCAAGGUUAAGAGUGAAAGCUUCAAGGCUCAUAAGGUUGUUCUCGCUGCCCGGUCGCCUGUGUUUAGGGCGCAGUUUUUUGGACCCGUUGGGGAUCCUAAGCAAGAGGAAGCUGUGGUGGAGGAUAUAGAGCCCUUUAUCUUCAAGGCAAUGCUUCUCUUCAUUUACUCGGACAAACUUCCUGACAUCUAUGAGGUUAUGGGCUCAGUACCCAUGUGUUCAUAUGCUGUUAUGAUGCAGCAUCUCGUGGCUGCUGCUGAUCUCUAUAAUAUUGAUAGACUAAAGCUGUUAUGUGAAUCGAAACUGUGUGACGAGAUUACUAUUGACAAUGUGGCCACAUCACUUGCCUUGGCCGAGCAACACCACUGUCCGCAGCUUAAGGCAAUCUGUUUGAAAUUUAUUGCAAAUCCAUCAAACUUGGGAGCUGUUAUGCAGUCCAAAGCUUUUCUAGAUUUGAAAGAGAGCUGCCCCUCAAUGUUGCUAGAAUUGUUGGAGACAUUUGCAUCAGCGGAUGACAACCCAAGCCAGAACCUGAGCAGGAAGAGAAGUAGCAGCAGCAUUUACGGGCAAGAUUUAGCUGAUGCGUUUGCCGCUGAAUCAGCUCAUCCAAAUGGCAGGCGGGUCAGGAGACGGACGUAAGAGAGUAGUUUAAAAUCUAGAUCUGCAACUCUGAAGUUGUGGUAUGGAUAGCCCCCUAGUUGUGGAACUGCCUGUCAAACACAAGAGAGUAGUUUAAAAUCUGAUUUGCAACUCUGAAGUUGAGGUAUGGAUAGCCCCCUAGUUGUGGAACUGCCUGUCAAUAUGUGAUUCACCAUUUUUGUUUCACCUGAUCCAAGAGCAUUUAUAUGUGUAGUUUCUGGGCUUCCCAGCUUGUCUAGAAGGGCCACUUUGGACAGCAUUUUCAAUGGUAGAUUGACAUUAGAACACGUCUAAUGUAGGGUGUAUCUUGUUUGAUGACUUUAAUAAAAAGUAAAUAGCAGAUAUAUUUGUUUUCAA